AUGGCCACUGCUGUAUCAUCAAGGAAUAAUAUAUCGCCAGAGGUUUCGAGCAAUAACCUUGGCGGCGCAGUACUGUCGGAGGAGGAACGAAGGACGGAGCUCAAGCAGCUGCUCUCCUCCGUAAUCCCUUGCAUUAUUAUUGGUAUCGAGGCUGCCGAAGCCGAGAUCACCAGCAUAUUCACAUUGGACGAGUUGAACACUAAGAGGUCAUCUUGCCAGGUGUUGAUCGCGCUCUCAAAGAUACUUAAAGAAUAUCCAAAGGGUGCAGGAUAUAUACCAAGACCAUUACCAUCAUGCCUGAGCUUGUAUCCCAAGCUUAGAGAAUUCAGAUCACAGAUGGACGGACUCAUUUGGGAAGUUCUCUCCAAGUUGACGAUACUGAAGGAGUUUGUACAGAAUAUUACCGAUAGUCAGAAGUUGUUCAUCGUGGCGCUGAGCGUUCGUGAUGCCAAGAACUGCUUCACACAGAAUGAGUGCGAGCACUUUAUCAAGAUGGACCCAGCGCUGAGCAAGAAGAUGUUUGGCAGCAGCAGCAGCAGCAGCAGUGGCUCCAGCAAGAAUGGCGCCUCCAGCGACUAUGGCGAGAAGAAGAGAGUGCGACUACAGGUCAGCGAUGAUGGCAGCUCGGAUAGCGAUGCAAGCAAUGUUACGGUCGUGUCUCCAAACACCCCGCCUCAAUCAGCGGCAUUUGACUCGGCCCGUCCCAAGUCGCCCGAUGGAUGGCUGAGCGGCUUGCGUGGCUCGGAAAAGUCGCGUUCCAAUCCUUUGUUGCCCGCUGGCAGGAAGGGUCGCUCACAGUCCGACCCACAGCUGACGGGCGCCGAGCAGGAGCAGCAGCAAGUGCCCAAUCCAUCAAUCGAUCGCGUCAACAAAUUCUACAAGUUGCAGUCGUCCACACCAUCCACCUCGUCCAACAGCAUCCCCCUGUCACUAGUGCCCUCACUGCAGCAGCAUGGUGACACUGAGACUGCCGUGGAGUGGGAGCGCUAUGACCAGGACCGCGCAGCGCAGCUCUGUUGCCACUUCAUCCAGCAAAUCAGAGGCUUCAAGACGGAUGCGGGCAGCACGAUCAAGGACCUGCCCGACCUCGCACACUUUGUCGUCAAGGACACUGGCAACGACGAGCUGUUCUUCAAGGAGGACUUCUUGGAGCGCAAUCAUCUGACAUUCCUGGGUGUGAGCAAGGGCUCGGACAAGGCACCCAUCGCCAUAUCGGUGUGCAGCUAUCUCGUGGUGGACAGCGGCGACUUGGAGUUGUUGUACAUUAUCCGCACGCAGGAUGGCGACGAGCGCCUGCGUUUCAUUCUGUCCAAGACACGAGAGGUCUCGGCCAAAGACAUGGUCAAGAUGCUCAAGAAGGCGCGUCCUCAAUACCAGAACUUCAACAUCAAGGAGGUUAAGGACGAGAGCAUGCUGGUGCACCUUCUCGACUUUGAGUCCAAGAACAACGUGCAGCGCAACUUCAAGUUUGGCGUUUUGUACUGCCGCGAUGGCCAGACUGAGGAGAACGAGAUCUACGCCAAUCAUGAGCCGUUCAGCAAGCAGUACCAGGAGUUCCUGGAUCUGCUGGGUGAGCGAGUGACGCUCAAGGGCUGGAAGGCGUAUCGUGGCGGCCUGGACAUCCGCGAGGAUACCACAGGCACGCACUCGGUCUACCAGCGUUGGAACAAUCGCUACGAGAUCAUGUACCACGUUGCAACGAUGAUACCAUACAAAGCCGACGACGCACAGCAGAUCGACAGGAAGCGACACUUGGGCAACGACAUUGUCAUUGUUAUAUUCAAGGAGGGUGACACGCCCAUCUCGCCCACGAUCUUCAAGUCCAACUUCAAUCACAUCUUUGCCGUUGUGCAGGUGGACAAGGACAAGACGCGCAUCAAUGGCGGUGACACACAUUACAAUCUUUCGAUAUGCGUCAAGGAUGAGAUCAUGUCAUUUGGCCCCUCCUAUCCCAAGUAUCACAGUUUCACCAAGUCGGAGCUCAAGUCAUUCCUGUUGACCAAGUUGAUCAAUGGCGAGCGAUGGGUACUCAACUCACCAGUGUUUGCUCAAAAGUUCUUGAGGACCAGGCGAGAGUUCCUUCAAUCCUACGUCAACGAAUACUUUGAAUCAUAA